AUGUCCGAAAAUGAACAAAACUCUACGUCUAAAAACCUCGAUUCCGCUGGUAGUGAACUCACUUUCUCGACAGCAGUGGUUAUCGCUCUCCUAUCAGUCCCAGCAGUAGCGGGAAAUGCGUUGAUUUUAGCCACAAUCUGGAGGAGGACUUUUCUUAGAACAUCAUUCCAUUCUCUUCUUAGCGGAUUAGCAGUCACUGACUUACUAACAGGACUUAUUUCCCAGCCUUUGUACGCUUCUUUCCACUUGAUAAAUGGACAAAACGCGGCAGUAAAACUAGAUAAUCCAGAGGUAGUAAGUGUCCUUGGAAUAAUCGCUGGAUUUAGCAUCUACCUCUUUAUCAACAUCACUCUUGCUACUAUGACAGUAAUGUCCAUUGAGCGAUGGUUGCAUAUGUCUAGGAGAUCUUCUACAACAUCCCAUCGCCGAUAUUACGCUACUAUGGUAAUAUUACUCUCUCCGAUCCCUUCACUAGUUGUCUACAUUUUAACUUUGAGGGAACUAGCGUUUUGGUAUACCUUAUGUAAAAUAACAGUUGCAAAAUUUUCGUUUUGUUAUCUUAUCAUAUCUUUCGCUUAUUUUAAGGUUUAUCAAAUUAUUCGUCGUCACCAGCUUCAAACUCAGGCCACUGUAACAUCUCAGAACUUUGAUCAACCCGCAAUAGACUUGGCAAAGUACAAGAAAUCUGUGGCAAACAUGCUGUAUAUCUUUUUGCUUCUUUCUAUGUGUUUCUUACCUUUUUUUGUAUCUAGUGUGUUAUCUUUAUUAAUUACAGGUGAGGUGAAAGAAAGCUCUAUAGACCUGUCAAUGGUGCUGGUAUUUCUGUCUUCGUCGCUCAACCCAGGGUUGUACCUUUGGAGAAUGAGGGACAUUCGUAGAGGUCUUAAACAGCUAUUAGCUAGCUUAAGAACAUAAAUUUUAUCAACUUAUCAAAAUGGUUCCUUGGUCUGAGUAGAGUUACUCGUAGAGACACAACUGAACUUACUAGCGUGCUUCCGAUAAACCCUUAAAAAAAAUGCAUUUAAAUGUACAUGGCUAUUCCAAACCACAAGAAAUUCAAAUUUCAUGUUUGACGCAGUUCUUUCUAAAACAAAGUAGAAACAUUUUUUUUUUUGUCCUACUAAGGCUUUUGUUACGUACUGCCUAUUCUUAAAUAUACCUGCAAAAAUAGCUAAUGAACUGAACGUAAAAUUUUUACUUUGUUCUACAAUAUUCUUUGUGGCGUUCACGCAUAUUUCCAAGGAGCUGUAUAAAACUUCCUACACGAUGGUACAUAAUUCUAUUUGGCUUUAAGGUCAGCUGUCCCAAUAAUUCAAAGAUGUAAUUGCGGAUGGAAACGACAAACGUAAGCUCAGCAACUACAAUAGGUUUUGAAAACAUGAACCAAAUGAUAUUUGCGAAGCAAAAAUCAUAAAUAAUUAAAAAUGUUAUCAAGUAAUUCUACUCAUAAACAAAUCUCUAAAGGAAAAGAAGAAAUUAAAUUUGUAAUUUAAUCUCAUCUCAGUUUAUGUUAACAACUUCAAGGGGUCUUGAAAAGAUAGUAAUUAGUCCCAACAUGAUAUUAAUAAGUAAUCGAUCAAAAAACUAUCAGCUUCAAUAAAGAAAUACAUGUAAAAAAACUAAAUGUUUUGUAUGACUGUCGAGAUGGUCUGAUUUGAGAGAUAUUUGAAGCAAAUCGAUAAAAAGGUGACUGGAAUAAAAAAAAAAUUAAUAAUUUAAACUUGAAAAUUAAUGAAACAAACCGAGGUUAAUAUCUAAAAAACUGUUGGAAAAAUUAUUCAAACGGUUCGCGGCAGCAAGUCACCACAUUGUAGAUGUGAAAGCAGUUCCUAUGCAUCAUUUUUGGCUCGUAGGUUUAGCAAGAAAUCUGAUUGAGAUUUUCAUGCUUACUCCCCAAGCUACACCAUGUUCAAAAAAGCGAAAGUCGGUUUUUUUAUGCUCUUUAGACGACCGCAACAAUAAAAACCUCUAUUCCACUAAUAAUACAUUUGAUAUUUCAGCGGCAGCGGUAGUGGCAGCGGUGAAGAAUGGGUUAAUUCUGGCGACUAUUUGGAUGAUGAACUUUGCGAGAACUUCGUUCCAUAUUUUUUCUAGUAGAAUGGCUAGGACUGACUUGUUGAGUGAUCUAAUCGGUGGGCCCCUUCCUGCUUUGAGCAUAUUGGUUAAAGCUUUUUACAGGUUCGAAAUUGUCACAGGAUAAUCCAGUGCUAUUUGUCCUCAGUUCGUGAAGCUUUGUCUUUUUCGUCCCUAUUACUAUUGCUACCAUGACUUUGAUGUCCGUUGAAAGUUGCAUGAAGAUGUCUCAAAGAUCCUUAUUAUUCCUCAAGAUUCCAACCAUUGUCCUUUCAUUUUUAUGUACAAAAGAUCUAGCUUUUUUUAAAUAUAUUGUUAAUAGCGAUGAAAUCAGAGAUUUCAUUUUGUUUUCGUGGGACAGUGCUCGCUUAUUUCAAAGUUAACCGAAUUAUCCGCCGCCAUUAUAACCAAAUUUCAGAACUUUAGUCCACCCUCAAUUGACUUAGCGAAGUACAACAAACCUGUAGCAUCUAUGCUAUGUAUUUUAUUGUUAUUCUCAAUUUGUGUCUUGUUGCGUGUUAUUUCCACUACGGUAAGUGAAUAUGUUAAUUCAAAACGGCCGGCAAGAGAAGACGAAAGGACAGUUCUCUACCAUGGCGACAGUGGUGCUAAUUGUUUUGUCAUCGUCUUUCAAUCCAGGGUUGUACCAUUGGAGAAUAAGAAAUAUUCGUAAUGGUGUAAAACCGAUCUUCAGAACGUUAGGUAAAAGUAAUUUCCGAAAAAGUGUAUGAGAGUAUUAAUUUCGUAGAGGUUUUCAUUAAGAGACUUUCUUGAUAAAGUAGCCUUAUAAUUUAAUUCAUAUUUUAAGUUAUAGAGUAAAUUUAAUACAAAGUUUAAUUAACUUCCACAUUUUUCCUUUGAGAGUUUAGUAUAAAUUUGAAAGGGCUGUUUUAGGUUUGCUUAACAAUCUGUUACAUACGGAUUUUAGUUGGACGGUCUCAAUUACUAAAAAACUAAUUUCGAACACCAAUGUCAAAAACUAUCUCAUCAAAAUGAGGACAUGGUGUGUUAUUUAAUUUACAAGACUGAUUAUGCUUACAUUUAUAAGUGUUAGGGAUCUACAAUACGCUUUGAAUGUUUAGUUAUCUAAAAAAAAUUACUAAAACAGAAACAGCAUGCGAGUGCAAAAGUUAAACAAUAUAUCCGUUUGAAAGACUGCACUAAAUUUGAUUACUUUCUAAACGGCAAUUGAUGAAAAAUCAGCUCAUCCCUCGAAAAAAAUUUAGUGUAGAGCGACAACCUUCGAGGUUCAUCCGAUAAUCACAAAAAAGACUUUUAUUCUAACGUUCAUUUAAAAAGCUUCAUUAAGCUAAGAAUACAUGUACAGCGUUAUACAACUCAAGAUAACUUGGUGUUAUCAACUGAGUCUAUGGUGUAAACGCCACCGAAAGAGUUCCUAAGUCUAACGUUUCAAGCGGUAGCCCUUCGUGAGCGCAAAUGUAUGACUCGAACGACUACAAUUGGAAAAACAAUAACAAAUUUUGUUCCGCAGUUAUUUAUUCACACGCAGUCGCUAUCGCUUCUUUAUCACCUUUGGCUGUGUUAGGAAACGCAAUCAUUUUGGCGACAAUUUGGAGGAGAACUUUUCCACGAACAACCUUUCAUAUCCUUUUGAGUGGAAUAGCAUUAAACGAUCUUUGCACAGGACUCAUUGCUCAGCCGUGUUAUGCAGCGAGCUUUCUAAUAUCUCCAACGAAGCAUUGUAAGGUAAACGAUAAUCCAAAGCUUGCUGCCUUGAAUACAAUAGGCGAAGCAACUGCCUAUUUCUUCGUCUCCAUUACCAUUCUGACCAUAACAGCGAUGUCCAUUGAGCGAUGGCUGUACAUGUCUCGAAGAUCCUUCAUCACAUCCCGUCGUAGAUAUUUUAUUAUAAUUUUGGUGCUGUUCCUCCCUAUUCCCAACGUUGUAAUUCGGGUUUUGAUGCAACACAAUUUCCAUUUUGAAAAAAUAUUUGAGAUAAAUACAACCUCAAAAAUUUCAUUUUGUUAUAUAAUCAUAUCAUUCGCUUAUUAUAAAGUUUUUAAGAUCAUUCGACAUCAUCAAGAGCAGAUUAAAGCCAGCGAAGUUUCAUCUCAAAGAUUUGGUCAGAAUGCAAUAAAUCUGAAAAAAUACAAGAGAUCUGUAGCCACCAUGAUAUAUAUUUUAUUGCUGUUCUCUCUAUGUUUCAUACCAUUAACUGUGGCUGUUCCUGUCGCUUACAAUACACGUUCGAAAGCUGGAAUGGUCGCCGAAAGUGUGUCUACUGUGCUUCUAUUUCUAUCUUCUUCUCUCAGCCCAGUUUUGUACCUUUGGAGAAUGAGGGAGAUUCGGAAUGGUCUGAAGCAACUGUUAACCAUACACAGGUAGAAAUCCGUAUCAACUUUAAGUGACACCAAUUUCUUUUAAUCAUUCCAUUUCGACUGCAUUAUGCUACAAUUUAAUGCCACCACAAAAAUUGUGUUUCCGCAGAUAUAUAGUUCAUCUGCCUGAUUUAAUGGCAGCGUUUAUCAAAACUUAUCAAAAAAAUGUUAAGGAAUCUGUAGAGAAUCAAGGUUGUCUUAGUAACUGCUGGAAAACCACUGGGCAUGGGUUAUUUUGAGGAACACAACGAAGAAAAACUCCCAUGAUAUUAUUCAGAACAUUUAUAUAAUGUUUUCUUGUCUUUUUAAGUUUACUUGUAAAGUUAUCUUGUACAGUCAUGAUAAUGAUAGCAGUAAAUACAAUUACAACGCCAAGAUAAAAAAUAAAAUGAAACUAUUUCAUUUAAUAAAAACCCUGCCCUGAUGUUGGUUCUUGCUUAGCAUGAUGUUUGAAGUUCCGUGAAGCUUGAUAUUCCUUGCACAGCAUUCGAAAAUGAAAUGAAGGUUCUGUUUAUAUGAAAAGCUAAAUUAUUCAUGCACUUUGACUGGUUCAUAGAUACAUAUCAUCUAUUGGAAGACAGACACAUAACUGACACCACUAUUUACAAUAUUUUGCUUUGUCAUCAUACAAAACAAAUAGAUUCCAUGUUGCCGUUAGUCUGUACAGUAGUAGAUCACAAUAGACGUCAAAAUUUGGUAAGAACAUCAGUGACAUACUCGGCUGCUUCUCGUCAGUGAGCCACGUUUUUGUUCUAAUCUCCUUUUGGAGUCAUCAGUGGUUCAUCACCAAACACGCCCACGGCACCAGCGCUUUUACUUCUCAUGCAUUCCACUGUAAGUUAUAGAAUUGAAGUUUAGUAAUUGGACAUGUUGAGCUGGCUCAUGUUUCGUUUGGGUAUUAGCGCAUUGCUGCAGUCCAAGAUCCCUUGUAUUGUGCUCACGGAGCUUGUCACAACCGAGAAUGUCUCUAAAGCCUUUUCGAAAGGAUUCAUUAAAUACCGCGUAGACAAAAGGAUUUACUGCACCGUUGAAUAUCUUCAACAAAAUGAUAAAAGGAAGCAGCCAUAUCGGUGCUUUCAUCGCUAGCUGCUUUGCGAAUAGAUGCAGCCACGAAAAAACAAAUUGUGGCGCCCAACAUAUGAAAAAGAUGACUAUCACUGUGAUCAUCAUAAAUGUGACUCUUCGCGCCGUGCGAUUUGCUAUUUGCUGUUGCCGGGCAUUGAAUUCUCCUGGCACUUUCCUCUUCCAGAGACGAUAACUGAUCAGGGGAUAAAGAACUGACAUUAACGCAAACGGUAGUAGAAAACAUGACGCAAGUAUAAUGAAAUUGGCGUGGGAUAUCGUAGCACUACACGUAGUGUUCCCUGACUGACUGGGUAUUUCAUCUAUUUCUAACAAAGUACCAACGGGCAGCAGAAAGGACGUUGCCCAUAUGACCGGAAUGGUUAUUUUGGUCCACUUUGAGCAAGACUUGUGUUUCAGGGGUCGACUGACUGCCAUGAAGCGAUCUAUUGUUAUACCAACCAAGCUAAAAAUACAUGCAAGAAAGGAAACCAAACCAAUGUACAGGCUUGUUUCACAUAAAACUAUUCCAAAACUCCCGAUGGGCCAAACUGAUUUAGGGAGCAAAUAUUUGAUUAACGAAGCACCAGUCCAAGACGCUAUCAACAAAUCUCCGCACGCCAUGUUGAGUAUCAGGAGAUAAGUGGUAGACUUCAUGUUUUGGUUUUUCCUAACAACGUGAAUGACCGACGAGUUACCAGUGAAGGAGAAAAGAGACAGCACACCCGUAAGGAACGAGAAUGCUACUCUGGAACUGAGAGAAUGGUCCAGUGACCCUGCUGGAAAGAAAUAUAAAUAUGAACCAAAUCAAUUCUGGAUUGAUAUGAUUCUGAGAUCUUCUGAGAUUUGAAAUAAAAUUAUCGAAUAACGGUCUAAACAUUUCAUCAAACGUUACUGGAAGUAUUAAUCUCUUCUUAUACUGAGAUACCAUUUAUGAGUGGAUUUUGUAGGUGAUCGAACAAAGAAAGGUCUGGAUGAUAUUCUAAGGAUCUCAUGUGACACACGUCAGUACAACUUGAAUCAUCAAUGCUAAGAGUCAUCUAUGUGGUUAGAGAGCUCUUGAAUAUUCUGAUCCUCAAAGUACCUCAAAUGACUCUUGUUUUGUCCUAAAUUAACAUCAUCUAGCAGGAAGCAUACCACGGAGGGUCUGUCAUAACUGUUACAGAAAGUUUUUGCUCAUAGUUUUUUCUCAUUGUCUAGACAAAAUGACAUUUACAAUGAAAAACAGAGUCUAAUUCUCCGCUCUAAACUUCACUUGAUAUUAGUCGUAUGAGUGAUUUUCACAGCCGAGUUCGAUUAAUAUCUUCACUUAUCUUCAGUUUUAUCUUUUUUGGAUACACAAAGAAAACGAAAUCAGUUCUCGUCCAAUUUUGUUCGUAUUUCAAAGCUAAAAACCGAACCAAAUUACUUUCGCUUUACUCUGCCAGCAAAUUUUUAAAGGAUAGUGACUCUUCUAAGAGUAUUAUUUUUCACCGUAUCCACUGUCGACGCACUUUUGUUGCUCAUCCUCAAUACCUUUUCUGUUUGCUUCUCCUGCUUGCGGAAUGAGAUAUGUGUGGGCUUCUGCGUACUUAUUUCUUUCCCUCGAAUCCUUUAAUCAAUAUGCUUGCAAAUUGACCCGGCGAGAGCUUUUAAUUGAUUUCAGGUUCGAUUGUUUGCCAGGUAUCGUGUGAUGUUGCAUCCCAAACCAUGUUGAACCUUAUCUAAUUUAAGCGACGUCAAAACUGCGAAGGCAAGAUAUACGUUGCAUGCAAUUCUUUGGUAAAAUAAAACAAUGACGAAAAUUAUAGAUUAUCUUUGGGACUUAAGCUUUCUUUUAGAUUGAUUUGAAGUUGAACGAUUAUCUGUCAUGGUAAACUACACCACACUUAGUAUAAUUGAAUGGUCUGUGAAAGUUUUAUGCGAAUGCGGAAGCUUUUCUAUAGACGUGUGUUUAUUCAUGAUUAACAUGUUUAUUGCCCCUACAGAAGCUAUCUAGCAAAGUUUUAAACUUAUUCAAUUAUUUAUUCGCACAGAAUCCUUUUGUAAUAAAAAAUAAUUUGCUUAAGGUAAUUGGAUCACGGCUCUGUGAAAAAUUAACCCCAAUAUUAUUUUGCAUAUGAAAGCAAAAUUGCACCUGUCUUCGAUACGCAAAUGCAUCUACACCCUAUAUAUGAUCUUCUGUUCAAACCGUCCUUUAGUUACUGAGCAAAGGUUUAAAAAAUAAUUGGAGAAAAAAGAAAGGCUUCUGUUUCUAGGCACAAGACAUGAAACAGGCCUUAAAUUUUUGGUCGGCUGAUCAGUUGAUGAGAUAUGAAGAUAAGAGGCUAUUGUAUUGGGUGCUUUUUCCGCGGCACUAAAUCUUCCCGGCUGCCAUGGAUAACAUAACCUCAUUAAAUAAUUGCGAGUUUUCUUGAGUUACUUUUGCUCAUCGACUGCGUUAUAAGACGGUCAAUAAAAUAUCCAUAUAUGUGCAAACAUGUUUUUAUAAAAAUCUUGAAGUUGUUAGGCAAUAAGGAAAGGUGUCUUUAAACUAUUUACAGGGGUAGAUUUCUCCUUGUCUCUAGCGCAAGACAAAUUAAGCAAAAUUUCUGUUCCUAACAGGAAUCGAACAUCAGACCUUCGGAUUCCGUGCUCUGUUGCUGUGCAAGUAACCUGUAGGAAACUAUUUGGUUCGCUAGGAUCAUCACUAGGUUUAUUUAUUUAUACAACAGCUAUUCCGGUUAAAAAAUUGAUUAUCGGCAGGAAAGUCAAGUUAUCUGUUGUCAACACAUUUGUUGAAAAAUUAUGGUUUGGUCAAUAAAACCCCUGGCAAAUGAACUUCGAUCUAAGCUUCUUCUAAUCGCCACUCAACCAUUUUAUAGACAUUUUUUGCUUCUCUCUCUGUUAUUUGCCUUUUAUUGUUUCUAAUUCAGUAAAUUAAAGAUAACUAUUGAAGUGACAAUGGUGCUCGUAAUUCUGUCUUCGUCUCUUAGUCCGGGGUUGUACUUUUUGAGAAUGAGGGACAUCCUGAAUGGCCCUAGUUAGCUGUCAGCCAGAUAGGGAACCCGAUCUUUUCAACGCAUUUAUGAUUGAAAAUUGGACGGUUUUAACAUCAGCUCUUAAAAAAGGAUGUAUGUAUUGCCCAAAAUGUCCAACUCAACUUUCGAAAAUAUUCAUUUCUUUCCUUAUGAAAUUAAUUACGCAAGCAAUGACUUUCGUGACUGAUUUACAUUCAGUCUGAAAGAUGCAUUAGGUAUAACGAUUAACUUGAGAUCUUAAUGGCGAGAAAAGUUAAUAGAAGAUUAAUUCAUGGUCAGCUUCAUUUCAUUUUAGUUUACUCUGAAAGCCAUCAGUCCUCAUGCAAAAGUACUAAGCCGAUUUGUUUUAAAAAGGUUACGGAACCAGGCAGUUGCCGAAUGAUGACAUAUUUAUUUAUGAUAUAUUGAUUGUGUUUGCACCUGGCUCAAGAUGGUUUGUGAAAACCUCUCUAUACCCAUUGAAACCCAUGUAAACAUGUAAGACCCCUGAUUAAUAAUUUGAAAAAUCAUAUUAUUUUAAAGCUUGGGAAUUUCGUGAUUGACAUUGUAUUUACUCUCAACGUGACGUCAAUGAGUGAUCAAUAAAAGUUAUUGACGGUUUGUAUAUGAUUGUCGAGAUGAUAUAUCAGCGGUGCGUUUGUUCAAACGACAUCCUCAAAAGACUGAUUUGAGGUUUUUACGUUUAUUCCCCAAGCCACACCAUGUCAGAAAGUUGACAUUGAUGAAAUCUCAGUUGUCUUUUGUAGAUUGUUUAACAGCUCUAGCAUAGUACAAGCAAGUAAGCAUUUUAUAUUUCUGGUCUAGAUUUUACCCUCUGUCCGUUGUUUACGCCCGGUCUGUAGUCUGCGUUUUACACUGAACAAUUAAGUAAUAAAUUCAGUUUUAGAAAGUAAUAAAGGUUCUGACAGUAAAACUCUAAUUUUCAAUCUAUUUGAUUGCAUUCGUGUCAAUCUAUGUGGCCAACAGGAUAUCAAAGUGGGCAGGGAUAUCAUGUGUUGGCUUCAUCCCCCUUGCAGAGGGGAAUUCUGAGUGAAAUUGGUGUUUUGUGGGAAUUUGUCGUUGUCAGUAUGUUUAAGGAGUACUUUAAGGUAAUUGAAUGAAGAACAAUGUUUAUUUAACAAAUAAUUACUUAUAUAUUCUGAUCUAUGUUAAAAUGUAAGAGUGGUCUUCUUUUUCUUGGUGAAUGUCAAAAAUAAUUGUGUUUUCAAAAUAUAUGAUAAAAAGUGAUAUCCCAAUAUUUUGAUGUUUUCUUUGAAAUUAUAAAGACUUCUUACUUUUUAUGAAGUUACAACUGAAACUGAUGGUAAUUAAUGUUGGCAAACAAAGAAUUCAAGACUCGAUGUUUUACUUCUUAAACCUAAAAGAACUAAGUUGAAGUUACAACUCAACCUGAUGGCCAGCGACUUUCAUACGUAAUUCACCACUUAAUAUCAGAAAGAACUAAACAGACACUGUAAUGACAACUGUAAAUGUAACAGCUGUAAACGCUAACACGAUAAAUAUGUUUUCAACCAAUGGAAUCUCAUCAGCAGCAACAUUGUCAAUGAAUAAUUUUAAACUACGUUAUGUUGCCAUACUUUGGUGAUGUCUGAUUACCUAAAUAUCAGAUACUAGAAAGAGCUAGUUUAAGAGCUCUUUCUCGUAAGAGGGUCACAACCGAUGCUGUGAUAAAAGAAUUUGUGGCACUUGAUUGUAUAAAUCGUAAUAAAGUCGGAAUUUCUGAAGGUGGAAUAGGAGUUAAUCAGCUUUCAAUUUUUGACUUAACGUUAUAUUGUUAUAUCACAGUACUGAUAUCCUUCUAUUAUUGUUUCUCGAUCCACCUUGCCAUACAUAUACAGAGCAAAAGUCUACGUUUCUAUGCUCUUCAGACGACCACAACGAUAAAAACCUUUAUUCCCCUGACAAUGCAUUUGAUAUUUCAGCGGCAGCGAUAGUGGCAGUUUUAUCGCCGUUGGCGGUGGUGAAGAAUAGGUUGAUUUUGGCGACGAUCUGGGAGAGGAACUUUGCGAGAACUUCGUUCCAUAUUUUUCUUGGUAAACUUGCAAUGACUGCCUUUUUGGGUGAUCUAAUCGCUAUUUGUCCACAGUUCAUGAAGCUUUGUUUUUUUUGCCAGCAUUACUAUCGUUACCAUGACUUUGACGUGCUUUGAAACUUGGAUGCAGAUGUCUCGAUGAUCCUUUAAUAAAUCACUCCUUCCGAUUCCAACCGUUGUCCUUUCAUUUUUAGUUACAAACGAUCUGGCUUUUUUUUAAUAUAUUGUUUAUAGGGGUGAACUCAGGGAUUUCAUUUUGUUCUCCUGGGACAAUGCUCACUUAUUUCAAAGUUUAUCGGAUUAUCCGCCGUUAUUAUAGCAAAAUUCAAGGCGGCGGACUUUUUCAGAACUUUUAGUCAACCCGCAAUUUACUUAGCCAAGUAAAACAAACCUGUAGCAUCUAUGCUAUGUAUUUUAUUGUUAUUCUCAAUCUGUGUCUUGCCGUGUGUUAUUUCCACAACGGUACGUGAAUAUGUUAAUUCACAACGGCUGGCAAGAGACGAAGAAAGGACAGCUCUCUGCCAUGACACCAGCGAUGCUAAUGUUUUUGUCAUCGUCUUUCAAUCCAGGGUUGUACCUUUGGAGAAUAAGAAAUAAUCGUAAUGGUCUCAGUAAUACAAAUUUUCAAAAUGUUAAGGAAAACGGUUUUUCUGUCAAUUUAAAUUGAUUUUAGUCAAAGUAAUUUGCGAAAGAGAGUAUUAAUAUCGUACAGGUUUUCAUUAAGAGACUUUCUUGUUGGUAAAGUAGACUUAUAAUUUAAUUCACAUUUAAAGUGUUACAGUAAAUUAAAUCCAAAUUUUAAUUAACUUCUACAUUUUUUCUUCGGAGGUUUAGUAUAAAUUUGAAAGAUCUGUUUGAAGUUUUCCUAUUACAUACGGGUUUUGGUUGGACGAUCUCAGUUAGUGAAAAAACUAAUUUCGGACACUAAUGCCAAUAACAAUGUUAUUAAAAUGAGGGCAUUAUCUGUUAUUUAACUUACAGCAUUGAUUAUGCAAACAUUGAUUUGUGUUAGGGACCUACAAUACGCUUUGCAUUUUAAAUUAUCUUAAGAAAAAAAAAGGGAUUAAAACGGAAACAGCAUGCGGCUGCAAAAGUUAAAACAAUGUAUUCGUUUGAAAGGCUGCGCUUUAUUUCAUUACUUUCUAAGAGGAAACAGGUGAAAAAUUAGCUCAUCAGUCGAUGAAAAUUUAAUGUAGAGCGUAAAUCUUCGAGGUUCAUCCGACAGCUACAAAAAAGACUUUUAUUCUGACGUUCACUUCAAAAACUUCAUUAAGCUGCGAAUACAGCGUUGUAUAACUCAAGAUAAUUUGGCCGAUGUUACCGACUGAGUCGAUAGUGCAAAUUACAACCGUAAAGAGUUUGUAAGUCUAACAUUUCAAGCGUUAGCCCUUCGUGAGAGCAAAUGUGUAACUCAGACGACCACAAUUGGAAAGACAAUGACAAAUUUCGUUCGGUUGUUAUUUUUUCAAAGGCAACCGCUAUCGCUAUGUUAUCACCUGUAGCUGUGGUAGGAAAUGCGAUCAUUUUGGCGACAAUUUGGAGAAGAACUUUUCCACGAACAACCUUUCAUAUCCUUCUGAGUGGAAUAGCGUUAAACGAUCUGUGCACAGGACUCAUUGCUCAGCCAUGUUAUGCAGCGAGCUUUCUAAUAUCUCCAACGAAAGAUUCGAAGGUAAAGGAUAAUCCAAAUCUUGUUGCUACCUUGCGUACCGUAGGCGAAGCAACUGGCAAUUUUUUUGUCUCCGUCACAAUUCUAACCAUAACAGCGAUGUCCAUUGAGCGAUGGCUGUAUAUGUCUCGAGGCUCCUUCAUCACAUCCCGUCGUAGAUAUUUCACUCUAAUUUUAAUGCUAUUCCUCCCUAUUCUCAACGUUAUAAUUCGGGUUUUAAUACACCAAAAUUUCCGGUUUGAAAAAAUAUAUGAGAUAACUAUGAUCUCAGAAAUUUCAUUUUUUUAUGUAAUCAUAUUAUUCGCUUAUUAUAAAGUUUAUAAGAUCAUUCGGCAUCAUCAACAGCAGAUUAAAGCCAGCGAAGUGUCAACUAAAAGAUUUGGUCAGCAAGCAAUAAAUCUGGAAAAAUACAAAAGAUCCGUGGCCACCAUGAUAUAUAUUUUAUUGCUGUUCUCUGUAUGUUUCAUACCAUUUACUGUAGCUGUUCCUGUCGAUUUUAUUACACGUUCGAAAGCUGGAAUGGUCACCGAGACAGUGUCUGUUGUGCUUGUAUUUCUAUCUUCUUCUCUCAGCCCCGUUUUGUACUCUUGGAGAAUGAGGGAUAUUCGGGCUGGUCUGAAGCAACUGUUAACAAUACACAGAUAG